AUGGAGCAUGUCGCACACCAAGAGUCAUAUCCCGAAAAUGGAACCACUACCAUGGGCGACGGCAACACGAUCACUCACUGCAACCUACGCAACUGCACUAUCACCGGCUCAUGGGUGAAGCGCAGUGACUUCUCAGACUGUGUUUUCUCAAACGUGCGCUCAGCACAGCGGUCGACAGGGACGAAGACGCAUUUCUAUAAUGUAUCACUCGCUAGCCGCAGCACCUUUUCCAAUAGUGUUGUCCGUGACAGAUCCGCCGUUCAUCGAAGCGAUGUGAAAACUUCUACCGUGAGAGACGCAAGUACUGUAAAGCGCAGCACAAUUAUUGGGUCAACUGUUUCCCAUACUUCGGUAGGGAAGACAACCUUAAACGACUGCGAUACCGAGGAGUGUUAUUUCGAACGUUGCACAUUCAAGGGGAUGAUACUGAAAAACGGAUACUGGAAAAGAAAUCAACUAAUCAAGCAGGUGGGCAAUAAGGAGCCAGUUGCCCUCAAGAAAGAUGACUUCGGGCCUGUAAAUCUUCCGGAAUUGUCCAGUUCCUCUACUGUUCCUGUGGCUCGGGAUAUAGACUCGAAGUCCGAGAUGCCUCUUCCAGAACUUGAUCUGCGUCGUAUGGAUUCAGAUGUCAGCCUUGAAAGCGAAGUAUCUGAUCAUUCCGAAGAUCUACCGCCUCCGUAUAAAGCCUGA